CAAUAAACCUGUUAGAAAUGUACAAAGACUGCCUUUCAACUCGCAGUUUAAGAUCCUUCCGCUUUUGCAACUGGGGGCUUUGUACCCAGACGUAUCGAAUGUAUAACGAAGGGAAAAAAUCAUAUUGCGAUCCCGGUAUAAUUCUCUCUAGUGCCCGCCAGCCUUGGAAGACCAGGCCUGAUGUUUCACAGCCAUGAAGGAUAUUUGGGUGACCAAAAGGGAAGCCUCACAACAAAUAUAAUUUGACCAAUUACUGCUUAAUUGGACUACUCUCAAUCAUUAGCAAAGUGAAGGCAGGUGUCUUUGAUAGUGUUAUCAAGCGACACUUGCUAAUAACCUGCUUACCAAUGCUCAUUUUGGGUUUCACCACGAACACUUGGCUCCAUGCCUCAUCACAGCCUCAGUUUAAAUUUGGACUAAGGAGUUGAAUUCCAAAGAGGUGAAAGUGAUUGCCCUUGAUAUCAAGACAGCAUUUGACUGAGUGUGACAUGAAGGAGCCCUGGUUAAACUAAAAGCCAUGGGCAUUGAAAGGAAAACACUCAAAUGGUUGAAGUCAUACUUUGGACAAAGCCGUAUGGUUGUGAUUGAUAAUCCCAGCAGCAAGACAUCACUGAGGAGAUUCUCAGAGCCAUGCCUUAGGCCCAGCCAUCAUCAGCUCUUUCAUCACUGACCUUCCUUCCAUCUCAAGAUCAGACAGGUGGAUGUUUGCUGACUGUGUGAUGUUCAAUUCCUUUGAAGCAUUCUGGUAAAUGCGGCAGUCCACAACAUUCAGUCAUGGACUGAUAUAUGGCAGAGACAGCCGCGCCGAGGAAGUCGGGCUGGAUUCGCAGCUUCUGUUAGCCCCUGGGCUGCCCUGCCGGCUGGGAUUUUGCAUUCGUCAGGCCCCGGGAGCGGAGUUUCUCUCGUUGCCAGGGUUGUUGUGGGUAUCAGCGCGCAAUCCCGACAGGAUUAAUUAAAAGAACGAAUAUGUAAGAAAGAAGAUGUCAGUGGAACAAAGCAGAAAGGGAGACAAACUGCCACAUAGAACCAACCUAUACAUUGAUCUUCCAUCAACACUAUGGCCUAUCGUAUAUUCUCCUGAUUACAAUAUCACAUUCUUGGGCUUGGAAAAACUUCAUCCUUUCGAUUCGGGAAAAUGGGGGAAAAUUGUCAACUUUUUAAAAGAAGAGAUGAUGAUAAAGGAUGAAACCAUUGUAAGAGCCCUAGAAGCACAGGAAGAUGACCUAUUAGUUGUGCACUCAAAGCGGUACCUCAACAAACUGAAGUGGUCAUUUAUAGUUGCCACUAUUACUGAGAUACUACCUGUGGCAUUCCUGCCUAAUUUUAUCAUCCAACGGAAAGUACUAAGGCCAUUCAGGACGCAGACUGGUGGAACAAUAAUGGCUGGGAAACUUGCUAUUGAACGAGGAUGGGCAAUCAACGUUGGUGGGGGCUUCCAUCAUUGCUCGAGUGACCAAGGAGGAGGGUUUUGUGCUUAUGCUGACAUAACUCUGGCAAUUAAGUUUUUGUUUGAGAGAGUGGAAGGAGUUUCUAAGGCUAUGAUCAUUGAUUUAGAUGCACACCAGGGAAAUGGACAUGAGAGAGAUUUUAUGGAUGACAACAGAGUCUAUAUUAUGGAUGUUUUUAAUAGAUACAUCUACCCAGGGGAUGGAUUUGCCAAGCGAGCCAUCAAGUGGAAAAUUGAGCUGGAAUGGGACACAGAGGAUUCAGAGUAUCUGGAGAAAGUGGAAACACAUGUGGCAAAAGCAUUGCAUGAAGUCACUCCGGACAUCAUUGUGUACAAUGCAGGCACUGACAUCUUAGAUGGUGAUCAACUGGGAGGACUGGCUGUUUCACCUCAGGGAAUUAUUAAAAGAGAUGAAGCAAUUUUUAAGGCAGCCCGCAAAUAUAAGAUACCCAUCCUUAUGGUGACAUCUGGAGGCUACCAAAGGUCCACAGCUCGAAUCAUAGCUGAUUCUAUUCUGAACUUGCAUCGUUUGAAACUCAUAGACCAGAGGCUGAUUUAGGUGAAUUGGAUGACUGUUAACAUAGCAUUUCUAAUGUGGAAGCCUUUAUCAGCCACAACACCGCCACUGUCAAUGCAAAAAAAAACUUUAGUUUUGGAAAAAAGCAUAAUUUAAAUACUAAAGUUACAAUGUUCUAUAAUUUGUCUUAAAGAGAGUUACAAAUGUUGAUGAAAUAAAAAUACAAAUAGGUUUACAAUGCUAUUAAAAAUCUUAAAGGAACAUUCCUCUCUGGUGCAAUAAGGACAUGAAUUUUUUUUUUGUAAAAAAUGGUACUAAAAUAUACUUGGCUCUGUGAAGGAUCUAGAUAAACGUAAGUUUUCUCACACAAAAAAGUAACUCAGCUUCUUGAGUAUUUUUGUCUCACCCUGAUACAAACUAUGUUUUUAUUAUGGUUGAAACACUGUUCUGUGUCAGUGUGAUAUUUAUACAUAGAUACUAAUCUUACUUCUUGGUAUUCAAACUAGAGGAUAUAGUGUUAUAGGUGAGCACCAGUUUCAAGUUAAUUGUUUUGUUACAGGGUGUAGUAGAAUGUAUCAGAAGAAACGUUUAACUGCAGAAAUAUCCUGGAAAAUUUUGUCAAAGUCUAUUUUAUUGCCCAGCAAACUAUUUGUAAAGGAAUGUGCCUUUAAAUGUAAGGUAUCUUGCUUCUUGUUCUCAAUAUCAGACUGAAAGAGUUCUUGUGUUCUUACAUAGGGUAUUACUAUUCUAAUAUCUUUCUGUUACGCCCUACAAAAAUAUUUUGUGCUGUAUAUUAGUACUAAGUAACUAAGUUCCAUAAUCACAUUUUAAACACUAUUGGAGCAUGAUUUUGAUUUUAUUGUCCUUCAUUCAUAUCUGGCGCUAAAUAUGUAUUUCAUUCUGCAGUUGCAGUGGAUGCAUUUUAUCACUAAUUGAUCUCAAAUCUGAGGAAUAAAUUCAGUUGGCUCCUCUGAAAUCUAAUUCUGUUGAAGUGAAAAGCAGCUGUCAGCAAGACAAUGGAAAGAAAAUUCAGGCAGAUUUUUAAUAUGUAGUUAAUUUGCCACUGGUGGUUUGCUGUCUAGCAGAGAAAGGAGAAAAAUCUGCCCUUUCAAGUUUUUAGGAAGUUGCUUCAUCAGACUGCAUCUUGAGCUCUUUGCCCAUUUCCAGUCACCAGAAAAAAAAUCUCUGGAGAUAGUGUUGAAAAAUCCACAUGAUAAUAUGGAAGUAAACUUUGGGAAGGCAAAAGAUGAUGGUUCCCAAAAACAGGCACAGGAUCUGUGAUGUGGAACAAACACAUGUCAGUUGAGAAUCCCAAACACAUCAUUCUGCGAACCUUACAAUUGAUUUUCUUGCUCUUUAGGCAACAUUCGCAAACAGUGUUAAUGCGAUUCUCAAAACUCUUAAGAUUACAAAAAAAGGUAUGGAGCAACUUCCAGGCUCUUUAUGUAGCACCUUUCAAAGUUGCAGUGCAUCCCAAAAAACUUGGACUAUAGGAAAGAUUUGAGACUAUUGUCAGGAAGUUCACAAAUGUACUGAUCAUCACAUAGAAUGGAACUUCCAGUUUGGAGAAUGAUGUGAGUGAAACCUGGAGUUGGUUAGAAUCUGUGAGGUAAAGGGGCAUGUGAUUGUAAUUUUAAAUUUGCACAUUACUCCUUAUUCCAUUGGUUUAAAUUUUGUGUAACUCACUUGUCUUAAGAAUCUUAAUUACUUAAUUAUCCUGAAGGGAAUUAUGAAUUGCACAUUGGAAACUUUCACUUCCUCAUUUAUAAAUAUAAUUCUAGGUUCAUUGUGUAUUCUCUAUUGGAUGACUAAAUACUGUGUUAAAGUACGGAAUAAUAUAUUUACUUUAAAAAUCUUUGCAUCAUGUUUGAGAUAUAGUUAACAUGUUAUCAUGAUCUAGGUUAUGAAUUAUGCUAAAUUCUGUGUGAAUUUAAUCAUGUAAGCAGUGCCUGAUUUGAUAGCAUUCAUGUCAGAAGGUUGUGGGUUCAAGUCUUACAUUAAAGACUUGAGCACAACCAUCUAGGCUGACACUUUUGCAGAGUACAUCUUUGGUAUGGGAUGGUCCCAUCUGCUCUUUCAAAGGGAUGAACUGUUUCAAAGCAGGACAGGGAGGUUAACCAUGUGGCCUGACCAAUAUAUAUCCCUCAUUUAACAUCACAAAAAAGUGAUUAUUGUCCAUUUUUGGAUAUUUGUUUGUGGGAAUUUGUUUUAUGCAAAUUGGCUGCCAGGUUACUACAUUAAAACAAUAAUUACAAAGUCCUUCUUUGAGUGUAAAGUGCUCUGAGAUAUCCUGAGGCAGUGAAAGGCAUUAUGUAAAUGCAAAUUUUUAUCCUUUAUAAGAGCUGAUUGAUGAUGUGUGGAGGGUGGUCAUAUCACAUAACUUGGAAAUAUUGUGUUAAAAUCUUGAUUUUAGCUGAAUAUAACGUGAACAUAGUUUGGUUUAACUCACUUUUUACUGAUGGGAAAUUUGGCUAAUCUGAAAGAUUACUUUAUUUGAAAUAAAUGCCUCCAAAUUUUAUUACUUGUUUGUGAUGAAGGUAUUUAAAUUCUUGUAAUGACUCUAAUAAAUGCAAAAUACAUUAUGAUUGAGGAUCACCCAGCCCAUCCAUUUUAGUCCUGAAUCAAGUACUUCUUUGCUUUGUGACCUAGACCAGAUAUUACAUUUUGUUAGAUGCAAAAAAACAAAGACUUGCCUUUAGAAAGAACUAUUCAUAUUCUUCUCAGAACACCCCAAAGCACUUCAGAACUAAUGAAGUACUUUUGACUGUGGUCAGUGUUAAAAUGUAGGAAACAUGGCAGACAAUUUGCACACAGCAGCCACAUACAAAUGGUAAUAUACUGAAAAGUAAAUUUCCUGGUAAUUUAUUCUGAAAGUUAUUGCAUUUAUGAUCACUUAUUGAUCAGUCAAUUCUGUAGCUUGUAUUUUAACAUUUGCAUCAUCUCAUGAUAUAGGUGCAAACCCAAUUUCAUAGAAUAUAGAACAUUACAGCACAGUAUAGGCCCUUCGGCCCACGAUAUUGUGCCGACAUUUUAUCUUGCUCUAAGAUCUAUCUAACCCUUCCCUCCCACGUAGCCCUCCAUUUUUCUUUCAUUCAUGUGCCUAUCUAAGAGUCUCUUAAAUAUCCCUAAUGUAUCUGCCUCCACCUCUGCUGGCAGUGUGUUCCAUGCACCCACCACUCAGAUUGGCAUUCUAAUUGUAACACUAAAUUAAUGAUGCAAAAUUGGAGGUGGUGUCCUUCAGAUAAUGCAUUAAAUCAAACUCUGCUCAGUCUAUUCUGAAUAUUUGGGUACAUAGUUACGAUCCCUUGUCACAAUUUGAGGAAGUGUUGGCAGUGUGAUAAAAUACUGAUUAAUAUUUUUUUUCUCAACCACAACUAUCACAGAUUAAUUGUUUGUUGAUCUUACUGCUAUUUGCUGUGCUACAAGUAAAUAUGUAUUUAUAACAGAAUAGAAUGGUGUACCAUCAAUAUUGAUUUAAAAAGCUUGAUAUAACAAAUCUACAGGAAAUGUCAUUCUUUUGGAGAAUUAGUAGCAUUGUAUGUUACAUAAUUAUGAGGAAGAUAAUUUAGAUACCUUUCUGAAUUGAAUUCCUUAAAAACAAGCUAUCAGCUAAAUAUUAAAUCAUUGCUAAACUUGA